AUGUCACUCUCCACCACUCUAGCCCACCCUUCCGAGACCCAAGUCGACAAAGGGUCAUCAUUGCUGCAACAGGCACUUGCCUACAGCCUCGAGAGCGGCAGCAAGUACGCCGUUAUGUGCAAUGAGUCCGAUUGCAUGCUCAUUUCCUUCCAACAACCCGAGGCCUCGCCCAACCAAAACACCAACUGCAACCCUUCCGAUCAUUUGCAUGUCACCGUCGUCAAGAACAAGGAGGACCUGCCUCCUGCUCUUACCGGAUUCCUGGCGGGUGCUAUGCAGAUGGAGACCGCUCAGGUCACCUCCACCCCUUCCAAGCUUUGA